AUGCGAUACCAAGGAGGUCUUUUAGUUGUGCAAACUCAAUAUUACUGUCUCGCCGCAGAUGGAGCACGCAGCUUCAUGAGGAACACCCUCAAUAUUGGCUGGGAAGGCACAAAACCGAACAUGACAUGGGCAGUGCUAGACUGCUGGAUUGACAGCACAUUUCCAGUGACGAGGGAGAUCGUAACACUGCAAGUAGACGGCGAGUCAAGGAUGGCAUGGAUUCCACGAGAGCGGGGCAUGCAGCGAUUCUACGUCUUGCUCGAUGGUGAAAUCACACAGGAGAAGACUGAGGCCUCGAUAAGGCGGCAUAUGGUACCCCACCCUGUCGAGUUCACACACGUUGAAUGGUUCAGCAAGUUCGAGGCUCUAAUCUCGUCUCUAAUCAAGGAACGCGUCGCAUUCACCUUCUUGCAUCCCACCGCCAGCGGUCCCUUCAUCCUCGCUGGCGACGCCGCACACGUGCAUUCCGUGAAUGGCGGGAAGGGUAUGAACACAGGGCUCUCCGAUGCGUUCAACCUAAUAUGGCGCCUGCACUUCCUUCUCCAAUACCUAUCCCUCCCGUCAUCUACAGCACACGCAAUACUAUCAAGCUACGAUAUCGAGCGCCGCAAAACAGCCGAAGGCGUCAUCGACAUCGCAGCUAAACUUGUUCGGAUGGGGGUCCAUUACUCCGACGUAGAAUCGCCACUUGUCCAUCAAUCCGAGCAUGGGGUGUGGAAGGCAGGACACCGGGCACCGGACCUAUGGCUCGCUCAUCCGGCUACGGGUGAUGCGGUGCGCUUAUAUCAGAAACUGACAUAUGGGCGUUACUUUCUCGUGCUUGUAGGUGCACCAAGAAAUCAGGUUCAGGUCCUGGAAGAGCAGUUUGCGACUUUGAUCAGAUUAACAGGGUUGAAAGCACUAGGUGUGGGCGCACGGAGGCGUGAUGAGGAUGCCGUGGAAGAAGAGGUCCAUACCGAUGCGUAUGGCUGCUCGUGA